AUGAACCAGUUAAGCGAUAGCGAUGCUUUGUACAAUCAGCCGAUAGUGAUCGACAACGGUUCGGGCAUUAUUAAGGUAGGAUUCAGUGGUGAGGAAAGACCCAAAGCUCUGGAAUACUCUCUUGUGGGGCAUGUAAAAUAUGAAAAAGUCAUGCUUGAAGGUCUUCAAGGAGAUACAUUUGUUGGAAACAAGGCCCAAAAAUUGCGUGGCCUACUCAGAUUACGAUAUCCCAUGACGCAUGGUGUCGUUGAAGAUUGGGAUUCCAUGGAACUUAUAUGGUCGUAUAUGCUGAAUGAAGUUCUACAGUUGCAAAAUAUAGAAGAGCAUCCUUUAUUAAUUACGGAGGCACCGAUGAACCCUUUGAAAAAUAGAGAAGUGAUGGCUCAGGUUUUGUUCGAGACUUUUAAUCUUCCAGCUUUGUAUAUUUCGAAUCCUGCUGUUUUAUCGCUAUAUGCUAGUGGAAGAACCACAGGUUGUGUGGUUGACUGCGGUGAAGGAUAUUGUAGUACGGUUCCCAUAUAUGAUGGUUUCGCAUUACCUGCAUCAAUAAUGAGAAUGGAUAUCGGGGGAAGGGAUAUUACAGAGCAGUUACAGUUUCAGCUGCGAAAAUCAGCUGGUAUUUCACUGUUUUCCAGUAGUGAACUUGAAGUUGUCCGUAUGAUCAAAGAAAAGGUUUGUUAUCUGGCCAAAAAUAUAAAAAAGGAAGAGGAUAGGUACUUGCAAGGCCAUCAUGAUUUAGGGUCUGUGUUCAAACUACCUGAUGGGAAGUGUAUAGAGAUUGGGAAUGAUCGUUAUCGUGCCCCCGAAAUAUUAUUUUCCCCUCAAAUCAUCGGCUCAGGAUACGACGGUUUAUCUGAUAUGUGUAUGCAAUCUAUCUGGAAAGUCGAUCUGGACUUAAGGAAAACUUUGCUGUCAUCCAUAAUUUUGAGCGGCGGAACUACAACUCUUCGAGGGUUCGGAGAGCGCAUGUUACAUGAUCUAGAAGCGCUAUCUAAAGGAACGUGUAAGAUAAAGAUAAUAGCACCUCCGGAAAGAAAAUAUACUACGUGGGUCGGAGGUUCUAUUUUAACGGGGCUGUCUACCUUUCAAAAGCUUUGGACUAAAAAAUCAGACUGGCUGGAGGAUAACACCCGUGUGUUUUCCAACCUCAUGUAA